AUGUCAGAUGUGGGAAAAAAUUGGUUUAAAACUGCUGUUGAGCAAGGAUUUAUUAAAUCGUUCGAGUAUAAUUCUUUUAACGAUUUAAAAAUAAUUAGUAAAGGAGGAUUUGGUACUGUAAUUCAAUUGAAGGAGUUGUCAGAGAAGUAUGGAGUAUUUUAUAAUGUUCCACGUUAG